UGAGGAAACGAAACUGAUCUGCGUUUGUGUGUCGUUUGUCUGUGUGAGAAUGAACAACCGUCAAAUGGCUCAGAAGGGAGUUCUGCUGGACCAGGACCAGUUAUGAUGUUCUGUCUGUCUGGAUCUACUGAAGGAGCCAGUCACUACUGCCUGUGGACACAGUUACUGUAGAAGCUGUAUUGAGGACUGCUGGGAUCAGGUUGUUCUGAAAGGGGUCUAUAGCUGUCCUCAGGGCAGAGAGAACUUCACUCCAAGGCCUACUCUGAGGAAAAAAAAACAUGUUGGCUGAGGUGGUGGAGAAACUGAAGAAGACAGGACUCCAGGCUGCUCCCCCUCCUGCUCUGUGCUAUGCUGGACCUGGAGAUGUGGCGUGUGAUUUCUGCACUGGGACCAGAAAACAGAAAGCCCUCAUGUCCUGUCUGGCUUGUCUGGCGUCUUACUGUGAGACUCACCUCCAACCUCACUAUGAAUCUCCUACUUUCAAGAAGCACAAGCUGGUCAAAGCCACGGCACAACUACAGGAGAAGAUCUGCUCUCAUCAUCACAAACUGCUGGAGGUUUACUGUCGUACCGAUCAGCAGUGUAUCUGUUAUCAGUGUACAAUGGAUGAACAUAAAGGCCAUGAUACAGUGUCAGCUGCAGCAGAUAGGACUGAGAAACAGAGGCAGCUGGGGAUGAGUCAACAGAAGGUCCAGCAGCGUUUCCAGGAGAGAGAGAAGGAGCUGAAGGAGCUCCAACAGGCUGUGGAGUCUCUCAAGCACUCUGCACAGGCAGCAAUGGAGGACAGUGAUCAGAUCUUUACUCAGCUGAUCUGCUCCAUUGAGAGAAGGCGCUCUGAGGUGAAGGAGCUGAUCAGAGCCCAAGAGAAGGCUCAAGUGAGUCAAGCUGAAGGACUCCUGGAGCAACUAAAGCAGGAGAUAGCUGAGCUGAGGAAGAGAAGCACUGAGCUGGAGCAGCUCUCACACACAGAGGAUCACAUCCAUUUCCUCCAGAGUUAUCAGUCUCUCUCUCUCUCUCUCUCUCUCUCUCUCUCUCUCUCUCUCCAGAGUUAUCAGUCUCUCUCUCUCUCUCUCCAGAGUUAUCAGUCUCUCUCCAGUAUCAGUGUAUCUUCAGAUUUACCCAGCAUCGUUGUCCGUCCUCUUCAGUACUUUGGAGAUGUGAGUAAGACUGUGUCUGAACUGAGAGAGAAACUAAAAUACUUCCUUAAAGGAGAAUGGACCAAGAUCUCCACUACAGUGGAGGUUGUACUGCCUCCAGAGCCCAAGACCAGAGAACAGUUGUUACAAUAUUCCUGUCAGCUCACACUGGACCCAAACACAGCAGGCACACGCCUCUCUCUGUCUGAAGGGAACAGAAAGGUUACCUAUACACGCCAAGUCCAACCAUAUUCUGACCAUCCAGACAGAUUCACCAACCAGUACCAGGUUCUGUGUAGAGAGGGUCUGUCUGGACACUGUUACUGGGAGGUGGAGUGGAGUGGUAAUGUUGUUGUUACAGCAGUCUCAUAUAAAGACAUCAGCAGAACAGAGACAGAUGGUGUAUUUGGAUACAAUAACAAGUCCUGGAGUUUACAGUACCAGUGCUUUAGUGGUGGUUAUUGUUUCAGACACAAUAAUGUUAAGACUAAAGUAUCAGGCCCUCAGUCCUCCAGAGUAGGAGUGUACCUGGAUCACAAGGCAGGUACUCUGUCCUUCUACAGUGUCUCUGACACAAUGACCCUCCUCCACAGAGUCCAGACCACAUUCACUCAGACCCUCUAUCCUGGGUUUUAUCUCUGUUAUAGUACUGCUGAGCUGGUUAAACUGUAGUAGGGUCCACAUAGAUACUAGUCAAAUCAAAUCAAAUCAAUUUAUUUAUAUAGCCCUUCGUACAUCAGCUGAUAUCUCAAAGUGCUGUACAGGAACCCAGCCUAAAACCCCAAACAGCAAGCAAUGCAGGUGUAGAAGCACGGUGGCUAGGAAAAACUCCCUAGAAAGGCCAAAACCUAGGAAGAAACCUAGAGAGGAACCAGGCUAUUGUGGGGUGGCCAGUCCUCUUCUGGCUGUGCCGGGUGGAGAUUAUAACAGAACAUGGCCAAGAUGUUCAAAUGUUCAUAAAUGACCAGCAUGGACGAAUAAUAGCAAGGCAGAACAGUUGAAACUGGAGCAGCAGCAUGGCCAGGUGGACUGGGGACAGCAAGGAGUCAUCAUGUCAGGUAGUCCUGGGGCAUGGUCCUAGGGCUCAGAUCAGUUGAAACUGGAGCAGCAGCAUGGCCAGGUGGACUGGGGACAGCAAGGAGUCAUCAUGUCAGGUAGUCCUGGGGCAUGGUCCUAGGGCUCAGGUCCUCCGAGAGAGAGAAAGAAAGAGAGAAGGAGAUAAUUAGAGAACGCACACUUAGAUUCACACAGGACACCGAAUAGGACAGGAGAAGUACUCCAGAUAUAACAAACUGAGCCUAGCCCCCCGACACAUAAACUACUGCAGCAUAAAUACUGGAGGCUGAGACAGGAGGGGUCAGGAGACACUGUGGCCCCAUCCGAGGACACCCCCGGACAGGGCCAAACAGGAAGGAUAUAACCCCACCCACUUUGCCAAAGCACAGCCCCCACACCACUAGAGGGAUAUCUUCAACCACCAACUUACCAUCCUGAGACAAGGCUGAGUAUAGCCCACAAAGAUCUCCGCCACGGCACAACCCAAGGGGGGGCGCCAACCCAGACAGGAUGACCACAACAGUGAAUCAACCCACUCAGGUGCCGCACCCCCUCCAGGGACGGCAUGAGAGAGCCCCAGUAAGCCAGUGACUCAGCCCCUGUAAUAGUCAUGCUGGUGUAGUCUAUAGCUGAGCUGGUUAAAAUGUAGUAGGGUCCACAUAGAUACUAGUCAUGCUGGUGUAGUCUACAGCUGAGCUGGUUAAACUGUAGUAGGGUCCACAUAGAUACUAGUCAUGCUGGUGUAGUCUAUAGCUGAGCUGGUUAAACUGUAGUAGGGUCCACAUAGAUACUAGUCAUGCUGGUGUAGUCUAUAGCUGAGCUGGUUAAAAUGUAGUAGGGUCCACAUAGAUACUAGUCAUGCUGGUGUAGUCUAUAGCUGAGCUGGUUAAACUGUAGUAGGGUCCACAUAGAUACUAGUCAUGCUGGUGUAGUCUAUAGCUGAGCUGGUUAAACUGUAGUAGGGUCCACAUAGAUACUAGUCAUGCUGGUGUAGUCUAUAGCUGAGCUGGUUAAACUGUAGUAGGGUCCACAUAGAUACUAGUCAUGCUGGUGGUGAUGGUCCCCAGAUGUGAUGAAUCAUUCUGCUCUUUUUUUUAUACAAUAUAUAUUUUCCUGACUGAUUUGAUCUUCAUGCAUUAAAAUGCUUUGUAUUCAUAUUUUAUAAAAUGCUAUAUUUUAAUAUUGUACAUUUCCAUGAAUCAUGAUGUAUGGUGUUGAUGAAUAUUGAUUGUCAUUCAGAACCAUUGAUAUGUUUUCUCAAUUGGUUCUCUGUCUCUAUGUAAUUCUCCUCAGUGGAACAAAUCAAAAUCAAAUCAAAUCCAAUUUAUUUAUAUAGCUCUUCGUACAUCAGCUGAUAUCUCAAAGUGCUGUACAGAAACCCAGCCUUAAAGCAGGUGUAGAAGCACGGUGGCUAGGAAAAACUCCCUAGAAAAGGCCAAAAUCUAGGAAGAAACCAAGAGAGGAACCAGGCUAUGUGGGGUGGCCAGUCCUCUUCUGGCUGUGCCGGGUGGAGAUUAUAACAGAACAUGGCCAAGAUGUUCAAAUGUUCAUAAAUGACCAGCAUGGUCCAAUAAUAAUAAGGCAGAACAGUUGAAACUGGAGCAGCAGCACGGCCAGGUGGACUGGGGACAGCAAGGAGUCAUCAUGUCAGGUAGUCCUGAGGCAUGGACCUAGGGCUCAGGUCCUCCGAGAGAGAGAAAGAAAGAGAGAAUUAGAGAGAGCACACUUAAAUUCACACAGGACACCGAAUAGAACAGGAGAAGUACUCCAGAUAUAAUAAACUGACCCUAGCCCCCCGACACAUAAACUACUGCAGCAUAAAUACUGGAGGCUGAGACAGGAGGGGUCAGGAGACACUGUGGCCCCAUCCGAGGACACCCCCGGACAGGGCCAAACAGGAAGGAAGCCUGCUAUUAUCUGUCAAUACUAUGUAUGUAUGGAGGGGGAAUCCUGCUAUUAUCUGUCUAUACAUGUAUGUAUGUAGGGGAAAGCCUGCUAUUAUCUGUUUAAACAAUGCUACUUAAUAUAAUGUUUACAUACCCUACAUUACUCAUCUCUUAUGUAUAUGUAUAUACUGUACUCUAUAUCAUCUACUGCAUCUUUAUGUAAUACAUGUAUCACUAGCCACUUUAAACUAUGCCACUUUAUUUACAUA